AUGUCUAAUCUCGACCAGAUAGUUAAAGGCGCUCCGUCUCCAGGAGCCCAUAUUCCUCCUAUCCCAACUACUGGUGUUACACCGUCCGAACCUUCCAUUACCGAUCCUCUCGCAUCCCUUCCCUCUUCUCCCCCGCAGAUCUACCUCAAUCUUCUAAUCCUCGAAGCUUCACUUCGCGCGCAGUGGCUGCAACUUCGCACACGAAGGCGGCAACAUGCGUUCUUUUUGAGUUUGUUGGGGCUAUGGAUUAUAUGGUUUGGAUAUGCCUUGUUCCUGGCGCCGAGAGAAGAUGGUAGUGGUGUAGGCGGAUCUGUAUACUGGGUUGUGGAAAUGACAGAGAAAAUGUGUUUCAUGGGCGGUAUAGUGACAGCGCUAUUAAUCUGGGGAACUGGACAAUGGGAACGGGGUAUUCGAUGGCCGCGAAGAUUUGUGGGUAUUACAAACAGAGGGCUUAGAGGAUUUAAUUGUAAGCUGGUGGUUAUCAAGCAAUCAUGGUGGAAGGAAUUAUUGUCGGCAUUAUCAUUUCUAUUCUCAUACGGCCUGUUCUCGGGCAGUAGCGGUGGGAGCUCAUAUCGAUUUGUGGAUCAAUCGUUAUUGAAAGAAUCGGAGAAGGCUACGAAGAAUGGAGGGCAUCAUGCGCUACGGAAUAUACACGAAGACGAUGAUACGAAACGUUAUGAAGAAGACUUGGCACCUGGUGGAGAUUACGUGAAGCUUUUAUUGCUUCCCAAACCUUUCUCUCCUAAUUUUAGAGAAAAUUGGGAUAUAUAUCGUACAGAAUACUGGGAAAAGGAAAACGAGCGACGAAAAAUAUUACGACAGAAAUUGAAGGACCAGGAAAGGAAACUAGCAAAGCAACAAGGUGGAUGGCUAUGGUGGACCGGGUACCGCGGAUGGAGUUCAGGGCAUGCGACGGAUGUUGAGAAGAUUCAUCAUCGACCUCAUCGACAAAGUACAGCAUCGAAACGUGAUAGGAGUGCAAGCGUACGAUCACAUUCUCAUUCUCGCAAUUCGUCUCGAAGCGCAACACCUACUGCGGAAGCUGACGAAAGACCCGGCAGUAGUCAUACAAGGAAAGCCAGCAGCGCAUCUACUGCCUCUGAACGUAGGAGAAAGAAGACUCUUCCUGUUCCAACUACUGGACAGAAACUCGCACCUCCUUCUCCCAGAGUGGGAGCCGGAGGUUCCAGAUCAUCUACUCCUGAUGUUCCAUCGCCGUUAGUUAGAGAAAGUAGCUUCACUAGUCUCUCUUCUCUGGAUAGUGAGAGGCCGGUUACACCACUCUCAGGCGAUGCUGAUUCCGCAAGUACCAGAUCAUUGAGAUCAUCUACUAAAGCGAAAUCGGGUAGUUUGAGAGCCUCGAGAAUCGAUGCUUUGGCAGCUGAAGGUGAUGAGAAAUAG